AUGAGCGACGACAAAGACCACAAAGAAUUGAAACAAGAACUACAACAGCUGACAGAGGUCCUUCAUACAUUUUCCAAUGCAAUCAACACGCUAAGAAACGCUUGCGAAGAAACGUUGAACAAUCUUUCAAAAUCUGUAGAAAGGGCAAACAGUGAAAGAACUGACAGUCAGAACAUGGAAAAACAGGAACGUAGUCCAAAUAGAAGAGAUAGCGAGGAAACCGAAACAAUUCGGUGGGAACAUUACAAAUAUCAUGAUCAGGAAGUGCCGAACAAAAUGCCACGCCUGCGAAAAGAGCAUACCAACACUCAGAGGGCGAUGAAAAGAGUGCACACCGAAAAGAUACCACCAACAGUCCGAAAGCGGCGAAUCAGAAUGCGGUGCCAUUCCACAAGUGGGGUCGGAGGACAUGGUACAACAUGUUACGCAAGAGGAACGACUCGUCGGGAAGUUAUUGAGGUCUUUAACGAGGUGAACGAGAUACGCGAGCUACACGACGAGGAUGAAGAACGUUUUGUGGAGGUUAUGGACGAAGAAGAUGAGGAGCAAGGUGGAUGGAAUCAAGCCAAAAACCAGAACCGUGCCUCGAGAUGCGGUGUGGAAGCAAUGCAAAGGUUGCUCUGUUAA